GACAAAUUCAAAAAAUGAAUUACAUAAUAUAGAAACUAAAUUAUUUCAAAUACGAAAUUUAAAAAUUAAAUCUAUAUUAGAGGGUAAGAAGUCUUCUUCUUUGGUAUCCCUACAAUCGAAAAGACAAAUUUUUUUUGUUAGAGGUAUGAGGUCACCGUAAUUAUUAUAAUGAUUAUGUCUGGCGCGACGCUUUUUUUGGCGACGUUCUAUGAUUUUCGUGUCAUCGGAGGUAUCACCAAGAUCAUCUUUUAUAUAUUGGAUAUCAUUUGCGCGAAUAAUAGCGCGGUAUGGUUUAAAGGGGUAAUGUUCAUCCUUGUAUUUUUGUCCAAAAUUUGUUAUCAAAGUACUAAGACGUUUUGAUGCAACAGUUCG